GGAGAGAGCGGCCCCUCGCCCGCCCAGUUCCCCAGGCCGCCCGCUCAUUGAGCGCGCGCUGCUCGGCGCCGGCACAGCCCGCGGGCCUGGCGCUGUGCGGACCCGGCAGGCGGUAUGCUUCGGUGGAUUGCGUCCCGGGGCGCCCGGGGUCUGGGGGUCGGCGGGGGCGCGCAUCCUGCCGUGGGGCUCUGCCACCCGGGCCGCAGCUCCAGCAGCCGGUCUUCCGAUGCGCCCCGAAACCAGCCCCCUAGCUCCGAGUUCGUGGCCCGGACGGUGGGCGUCUGCUCCAUGAUGCGGCUGCCGGUGCAGGCCUCUCCCGAGGGGCUGGACGCCGCCUUCGUCGGGGUGCCGCUGGACAUUGGGACCUCCAACCGGCCCGGGGCGAGAUUUGGACCCCGGCGGAUCCGGGAAGAAUCGGUGAUGCUUCGGACAGUCAACCCUAGCACGGGGGCCCUCCCCUUCCAGUCCCUCAUGGUUGCAGACCUAGGCGACGUGAACGUCAAUCUUUACAACCUUCAGGAUAGCUGCCGUUUAAUUCGAGAGGCCUAUGAGAAAAUUGUAACAGCUGGCUGUAUUCCCCUGACCUUGGGUGGAGAUCACACAAUCACAUAUCCGAUUCUGCAAGCGAUGGCAAAAAAGCAUGGCCCCGUGGGGCUGCUGCACGUGGAUGCUCACAUGGACACGGCUGACACGGCCCUCGGAGAGAAGCUCUAUCACGGGUCGCCCUUCCGCCGCUGCGUGGACGAGGGUCUCCUGGACUGUAAGCGCGUGGUACAGAUCGGCAUCCGGGGCUCCGCCAUGACCUUGGAUCCUUACAGAUACAGCCGGAGCCAGGGCUUCCGGGUGGUCCCGGCCGAAGACUGUUGGAUGAAGUCCCUGGUUCCUCUGAUGGGGGAGGUGAGGCAGCAGAUGGGAGGCAAACCCAUCUAUAUCAGCUUUGACAUUGACAGCUUGGACCCUGCCUAUGCCCCAGGGACAGGCACCCCUGAGAUUGCCGGUCUCACCCCGAGUCAGGCGCUGGAGAUCAUCCGGGGUUGUCAAGGCCUGAACGUGGUGGGUUGUGAUCUUGUGGAAGUUUCGCCACCCUAUGAUCCUUUUGGCAACACGGCCCUGGUGGCCGCUAACCUGCUCUUUGAGAUGCUGUGUGCUCUCCCCAAAGUGACAGUCGUCUGAACCUUGUGCUCCUCAAGAUAUAACGGUUGUGCUGAUGACAGUUCUUAAGAAUUUAUGCGCAAGGGAUCUGAGUACUGGAGAGUCCAUACCACUAGAACUUUGUCCCUGGGGCGCCUGGGUGGCUCAGUGGGUUAAAGCCUCUGCCUUUGGCUGGGGUCAUGGUCUCAGGGUCCUGGGAUCAAGUCCCGCAUCGGGCUCCUGCUCAGCGGGGAGC